AUGAAUUUUAUAGGUGUUGCUUUGUCGCAUGCUGCAAUUCUCGACAGUGCCACUCGAUUGGAAUCAAUCAUAGAACCUUCAGAUGUAACUCUAUCAUUUAAUAUUUUAUGUGGUAUACGCAGUACUCUAUGGUUCAUGGCAACAUCCUUAAAUGGAUUGACGUGUAUUGUGAAUCCGGGAGAAUUUUCACCAGAUCUUUUUUUUGAAAUAGUAGAACAGUUCAAAGUGACAUCGUCACCGACAUCAGCAUAUAAACUCUUAGAUAGUGAAAACAUUGAAACUGCAAAUUUGUGGAGUAUAAAACAUUAUCUAUGUUCCGGUUCAAAGUCAUCAUUGAACCUCAUACAAAGUAUGAAUAAAUAUUUGAAGGGCGGUAAAUUUAGUCAAGCUUCUGGAAUGUCUGAAGCAUCCGGAUAUAUCGCCAUGAAUUUGGCUCAUUCGGAUAAUGACUGUGCAGAAGAAAAUCACGAUGAUUUUGAUGAUGAGGGAUUCUUUCCUACUGGUGACACUGUUCGUUUUGAUGAAAACGGCGACAUGUUUAUCAUCGAUCGUAAAAAAGAGUUGUUUACAUGUAACGGUUACCAUGUGAUGCCAGCUGAAAUUGAGGGAUUCUUGAACAAUUUAGAUGGUAUACAGCAGUCUUGCGUAGUUCCAAUUCCGGAUUUACAAAGUGGAAACAUUCCGGCGGCUUUGAUUGUGAAAAAUAAAGAAUCAACUUGCAACGAAGACUUUAUUUAUGCUUCCGCACUGAACCAUUUUGCCCACUGUAAACGCCUUCAAGGUGGUGUUUACUUCGUCGAUUCGAUACCAAUGACCGAGACCGGAAAAUUUGCUCGUCGUUCAGCUAUUCAAUUAGGCAUUGGGCUGUAUAACCAAAGAAAGCAAUAA